AUGUCUGUUAUAUUCGAUUAGUUAGAUGUAUGCUUAUUAAUGAAUACUUUAGAAUAUCUAAUCACUUAGAUUUAAAUUUACUUAAGCAAUCAAGUUAGGAGUCUCACUAUAUUACAUUCAAAAUUGUAACUUAAAAAGGCUUGUAAUUACCGACAAUUAAAUUGCAUAAUAUAAUGAAUCAGAAGCUAUACAUGUUUUAUAAAAUGCAUCUCAGAUAUGUUCUGAUGGUAAAACUUUGUUUUGUUUGGAGAGUAUAAAAUUAUGACAAUUUUUAAGAUAAUGGUGACCUUUAUUAAAUUGAUUAAUAACCCAAACUGCUGGUCUCUGCUAAGAACUAUAUUACUAUCACGCCCACUACUGCUAUUGAUCAUUCUGGCCGAGGUUUUUACUGGAAAAAUAAUAAACCUAUUUAUUCUCAUUGUAAACAUAUUAGUACAUAUCAAGAUAAAAUGACUUUAAUCACAAGUAUCAAUCUUAUUUCAUUUUAUUAGUUGGAGGGAAGAUUUUCAAUAUUGAAAAUAAUACACAAAUUCCUAUCUAAUAAUUAAAUGGAUUGGGAAUUAAUGGAUAUUUUAAAAAAUCUCUACUGUUUUAAUUUGGAGGAAUUGCUAUUACAGAAAAUGGUGAUGCAUAUUGUUAUAAUAGUAAAAUGAUUAAAAUUAAAAUAUCCAAUUUAUAGGAUAUUUAAGCGAGCAAUAGAUUUAUUUUUGGAAUCUAAGGAAAAUAUAUUUUAUAAUGGAAUCUAGAUGAUUUUUAAAAUCAUUAAUUUUUUGUCAAUUAAACUUUAUUUAAAAAAAUGAAUUAUGGUCACGAAAUACAAAUUAAUUAUAAAAAAAAAGAAUUUGAAGAGGUUAAAUAUAUUUUCUCAGAUUAAUUUUCAUUAUUUUGUUGUGCCUCCAUUAAAUCAAUUUUUAAAUAAAAUUAGAAUGAAUAAUCUAUUUCAGCUAUUGAAAAAACUUUUUGUCGAAGCACUGUUUAAAAUUUAAAAUAAUAAUUAUUUGAUCAAUGGGAUCCUCCUUCAAAAAAAAAAAAUUAGGAAAUCAGAUAACCUAGACAACUUAGAGGAGAAAGAACAGAAAGAUCAGAAACAAGCAAUCGAUAAACUGAUAGAAUAGAAAAAAAAGAUGAUACUUCCUAAUAACGUUAAGAAUAAAGCCAUCGAUAAUCCAAUAAUAAUAUACUUGAUGUUUUAUUUGAUCGAUCCAAUAAAGAGGAAAAUUUUGUAAAAAAAGAUUAGGAACAAAUUGUCUUAUAAAUUGAUCCAAAUUUUAGUUUUAAAAAUAGUUUAAAAAAGUAAACUGAAAUAUUAGCUCCUCUCGAAAUUUCAAAAUUAAAUUUGAAUGAUAAUAUUUCAAAAUCCGAAAAGUCUUUAUUAUCUAACAAAUAAAAUGCUUAAAUAACUUAAGUAGAAUAAAUUAAGUUAUAAUAAUAGGAACAGAAAUAAUAAAAACUUGAGCCCUCAGUUGAUUAAAAAUAAUAAUAAAAAAUCAAGGUUUAAAGUAAGGAAGAGGAAUAAAUUUUAUGCAAUUAAAAGGAAUAAUAAUUAAAAUAAAAUAUAGAAUAAUAAUAAUAGAUUGAAUAAUAAUAAAAACUUGAAGAAUAAUAAAAAAUAGAAUAAUAAUAAAAAUUUGAAAAACAAUAAAAAGCAGAAUAAUAAUAAUAAUAAUAGUAGCAAUAAUAAUUAAAUUCUAUUAAUUUGCCCAAAAAAGGCACUGACGAAAUUAAGUAACCAUCUAAACUAUUAGAAUAAUACAAAAAAUAAUUCGAUUUAAUUUUAUAAUCAAAUUAUGAAUAGACAAUUAAAAAUUAAGAAUAAAUGUAGAAUAAUUAAAUGAACAAAUUAAAUUAUUAAGAAAAUCUUAGCACUUAAUAAAAUAUAAUUAGCUAAAAAUUAUCAUAAAUUAGAGAGAUAUAUGAUUAACCAAAAUUUAAGACUUAAAAUAAUAGCUUAUAUACUUUAGAUGAAGAAAGUUCAGUUGAAUAAAGUAUGUGUUUUGAAGAAGAAGAAAAAGGUAGAUUAUAAUUAAAAAGAUAAGCAUUAUAAAUUUAAGAUGUAUUUGAUAAUAAACCUGAGUGUAAGCCAGCAUCAAAAAAAUAAUAAUAGUUUUCAAUAAAAGAUUUUUAGUCUUAAACAUUAUCUUAAGAAAAUUAAAUAUAAUCUCCACAAAUUUACGCAGCUGAAUUAUAAUUACCUCCUAUUUAAUCAACAUUAAAUAAUUUCUUUAGUAAAUUAUAAUCAAAACCAGAAAAAUCAAUAGAUGAAGUUCUCAAUUUAUAAACAUAAAAAGAAGAAAUCUUAGAUAAUAUUCAAUAACCAAGUCUUAAAGAAUAAACAUCUAGUGUUGAGGUAAAGGAAAACAAAAAAAUAAAAUCUUUCUUAAAACCUGAAUAAAUGUAAUAGCAAAAAUAAAAAAAUACAGUUGAGGUAAUGGAUUAAUAAUCAGUUAUUGAUUAUUAAAAUAAUAGCGACUUUAUAGAUUAAUAACAAGAUAGUUUCAUGUAGAUUUUAUAAACUGAAAAAAAAUAAUAAGAAUGCAAUAAGAUAUAAAAUAUAAUGUCAAUUUUUGAUUAAAUUCAAAUAUAACCAAAAAGAAAAAGUCCUCCUAAAUUGAGUUUGUUUAAAAAACAAGAUUAAGAAAAUAAGUUUAAAAAAAUUGAUAUUAUAUAAGAUUCAGAUGGAUAAUUAGAUGAAAAUUUAGCAGAAAUAAAAAAAAUUCUCAUAGAAAAGAACCAAAAAAUAAUAGAAAAAAAGUAAUCUCCUUCAAAAAGCAUAAUUAAAUUACAUAAAACUUUAGUUACAUUUUCUGAAGAUAUUUCACAGGAAGAGGUUGAAGAUAGAGUGAUGUAAAUUGUAAAAAUAGAUUAAAAUCUAUAAACUAUUAAUAACAAGCCUUCUCCAAUAAAAUCUAAAUCUCCAUUUAAAGACAAUAAUAUUUCAUCUAGUAAAAACAAUUCUCUUUAAUUAAGCGAAUAGAAAGCCUUGAUUAAGAUUAAUUAAAAUGCUGAUAUAAAACAACAUAGUUUUGAUAUUAAAAUUCCAGUUAAUCAACUUGAACAGAAAUAGGGAUUAUCACAUGUGAAGGCUUAACAAUUAAAUUGUAAUACAUAAAGGCCAGAAAAAAUAUAUACACCUUUAAGAAGCAGAAGAAAUAGUUCUGCAAGAGGAUCAAGUAUUGAAACUAAUAGAUUUAAAUAGUUACAGAUUGAAACUUAAAUAGUGGUCCCAGGAAUUUAGAGUUAAACUCCUUAAAUAAAUAAUUUUGAAAUUUUAGAUUUAAGUAAUGCAAUGUAUCAUAUUGAUUUAACUCUCAUGGAAGAAAGUACAAAACAUACUCCAGUUGCUUAGAUUAUUAAUGUACUUAAUAAAAAUUAACAAUCUAAUUAAAAAACUCUUAAAGAACCUCAAUUAAUUAGAGUUUCAUCAACCUCUUAAAUUCCACCUUCUCUAAGAACUAAUAGCGUUGGACCAAUAAGUAAAAAAACAGAGGCAUCUCCUAUCAAAGUUUAAAGAAAUGCUAAAAAUACAUAAUCUUCAAAAAGUGUUAAUGAUGAAACAAUUAAUUUGAAAAAAAAAAAAUAAGAUAUUAUUUUAAGGAAAUUAUUCUUUAGAUUGGAUAUUCAGCUUAAACUUAUAAAAUUAGAGUUUAUGUUUAACAUGAAACAGAAAAUCACAAAAUGA